UCUGAGGGUGCAUGCCAAGUUUGGUGACAGCGCCACUUAUGGGUCAAGAAUUCCAGAAAAUGGCUAUUUUAAUGGCUAUUCCAUACCUUUUGAACAGUUUUGCCCAAUAUCAUGAGGAUCUCAACGAUGCCAUAGUUUCUGACACUGACCAAAUCAACUCUCCGCCAUUUUACAUUUUAAUACAAAGUGUUGAAAUAAAGUUUUGAACUCUUUGUUGAAAGGAAAAUUGGUACUCAUCAUCAAUAUCAUGUCCUGAGGGUACCUGAGCAGUUUGGACACAGCGCCACCUAUAGUUUGAAUGGAAACUGUCUGGUUAGCAUGCUACUCAUGUGCUAUGAUAACUAAUUAUGCUAAUUGGUUAUUAUGCUAUCUGCAGGCAACAUUUGCUUCACAUGCUCAUCAGAUAGCAUGCUAACCAGUGAUUUUGUGUGCUGAACCUAACCUUGGCAUGUCUCUUUGCCAUCGAUGGUCGUGUUAACUGAAUGGCGCAGUAUGUAAAUUUCUGGACUACAAACUUAAAGGUUGGGUGUUUGAAUCCCACAAGAUUAGUUUUAAAAUUGUACUUCUGUUCACCUUUGGAUGUUCACAUUUAGGCCGUAAUUUACUGCACAAUUCCUGCUUCCAUUCAAAACACUCAGCUUUAACGACAACAUUUUCUCAGCAAUCAUUUUGUACUCUCAACAUGGCGUGUCUCUUUGGCAUCUUAUAGACUUGUGGAUUGUGUGGCGCUGUGGUUAAAGCUCUGGACUACGGUUGGGUGAAUCUCGUCUUGGCUGGACGUACAGUUGUGCCUCUGUUGUGCUGGGGCUCAUUGUGUUUAGUGAAUGUUUAAAGGGCUUACCUCCGUUCAUUGCUGCUUAUAUUUGUUGUUUUAAUUUAUGAAUGUUAUUUAUUUUAAUUUUAAAUGAAAUUCACAUGUCUUCCCAAAUUUUGGUAGAAGGGCUGAAAACAAUGGCACAUAUAAUAUAAUAUAAUAUAAGCAUCUCAUUCACUGAUGAUGAAAAGGAACAAAUAUUCAAGGCUGUUUUUGUUAUGUAUUGGUGGAAAGUCUCUUAUCUUUAAGAAGAUCAUAUUAGAAGUAGUUCUCUCAGUAGUAAUGCUGAUCUUGUGUUCAGGUGAUGCAGCGUUUGAUCGUCUUGAGUUUGUUUCAAUGUUUGUGUGAAAGAGGAGAGGCGGUUUUUCCUGUUUAGGAAUGAAUAGAAUUAUGAACCUUAUCUCAACCGUACAAACGCAUGUAUGGUUAUGUGAUCAUGUGAUACGGUGUGUUAAUCAUGUUGUGCUGCUUCAAUGUCUCUUUCUGAAGACACGCUCACUUUAUUUCAGGAACUGAGCUGCACUUUAUUCACAAGAGGAUUUACUGUUGAUGAAUGAAUCCACUGUGUUUACAACAUUCCCUACAGGAAUCUAUUUGAGGAGUUUUACAGAAGGAAUAUCUGAACAUUAAAGGCUUUUGUGAUGUUGACACAUAAAACAGCUUUGAAGAAUUCACCUCACAGUUUUAUUUGUCUAGAGUUUCACAGUGAAUAGACCUUACAAACUCUCAACGAAACCUCCUGCAGGCACAUACAGCAGGAUUGAGUGUCAUGAGCGGGUGAAAGGUCGUCUCAGAUACUGCGAAGCCGUUUAUUUAUUACUGUCGCUCACCAAACAUGGAGGAGUUCACGUGCUGGUGGCAUCCACUCGAUAGUGAAGACAGCGUCACUUACACGUUCAUGUACACUACAGGUGAGCGCGCUCCUCAGGAGUGUUCUGAUUACGAGAGCGGCGGUCCGAACAGCUGCUUCUUUGACAGCAAACACACUCAGAUUUGGGAGGUGUACUGCAUGAACGUGACAGCACACACUCGCACAGGGUCAAUCACCUCACAGAGACACUGCCUCGAUGUGGCCGAUAUAGUGGAGACGGAUCCGCCCUUUAACCUGUCGUACACCGUACUGAACAGCAGUGUUGUUGAGUCGUGUCGCACUGUUCUGGUGUCGUGGAUGUAUCCGAUCGCGUCUCAUGUGCGUGAGGGCUGGAUAACACUCGUUUAUGAGCUGCGUUACAGACACCUUGCUCAACCAGAACACUGGAAGGUGAAGGAGCGUCUGCGUGAGUCUCAUCUGGAGUUGUUGGAUCUGUCGGUGGGCAGUUAUGAGCUGAUGGUGCGCUGCAGGUCAACUAACAGUAAACACUGGAGCGCCUGGAGCCAAAUACUCAACAUCACCAUCACUGCCACACCACUGACCGAUCGUAUGUUGGCGUUCCUGCUCGGCACAGGUGUCGCUGUCCUGCUCUUCCUCAUCAUCGGUUUUGGGGUCAUUCCACGAGGAAAGAGAAUAAAAGCGUUUCUUCUGCCAACGAUUCCCAAACCACGCAUCAAAGGACUCGACCCAAUUCUGCUGAAGAAGGGGAAAAUCUGUGACAUCAAUCAUCAUUUCUCUAAUUUUCACAGCUAUAAACCGACGCAGUACUGUAUGGAGACGUGGUAUCAUGUGUGUGUAGACGCGGGUCCUGCCGCGGUGUCAAACAGCUUCAUGUCGUACCAUAAAAAAGACGACAGAGGAUACAGCACGCCAUCCGUUCAGAUUCCAGACGUAAAACAGUCUCAGACGAGCCGCUGUGCUGAACCGGAACCCCCUGGGUCCUACUGCGAAGGCCCUGCGGAGGUGACCACGCCCACAGAAAAUACUUCAGGGGCGUGGCCAGAGUCAAGCCACACCCACCCAGAGCUUGUGUCCUUCCCAGGAAUGGACUACAGCAUGAUUGUAAACCCCACCCCUGCUGACAGCGCUGCGAUGCAACCUGCCCCUCAGGACUUCUACACGUGUGUUAACUGGGUGACUGCCAACGGAACAGUGCAGCUGGUGCCCUGUUUUCCUGAUGCGCUCAAUAACAUGCCCUACCUGCAGUUCAAAGAGGGACUAGAGGACGGCGUGGAGAAAUGCGGUCAGUUAGCGGCGCUGCUGGACAAACAGAUGGAGGCGUUUUGUAGCGCAGCCGCUGCAGGAGAGACAGAACAGAACGAAUGUGUCAAACCUUUAUUACCUCAUCCUGCAGGCAGGAACUGAAAUUAAUCAACAAACACUGCUGGAGCUGCACAACUGGUUUGGUUACACACACGCGACGUACAAUCACACACUUCACAAACAUUGCAAGAAAUCAUGUGCUUGUUUUCCAGUAAAAUCAUCUAAACAUCCUUAAAACAAGAUGAAGUAAUAAACCUGUUUCAUUCAUGCUGAACACAAGAAAAAACAAUUCCCAAUGGGGUUAGAAAAAUAAACUUCAGAUUAGUCUUUGUAACUUAUGCUCCUUUGACUUGUCCAAUGUUGCUUUUCUCAUUAAAUAACAAAAAAAGAACAACGAAAUCUUGUUUCAAGUAUUUUUAUAUAUUUGUACUGGAAAACAUGAUUGAGCACAUGAUUUGUUUGUAGUGUAAAGAAUACACGAGAGACUGCAGUGCAUGAGGAUCACAGUGACACUUAAAUAACGGGGAUAUUGUCAUUAGCUGGGUUUGCAUCCAUGUAUUUUAAUGCAAAUUAGAGGAUAUUGCAUAAAAAAUGCUUGAUGGAAACACCCAGAUGUGAAUGUUUCCAAAAUGCACAUAAAAUAUUUAUACACCCACUGGAGGUGAAUAAUUGUUUUUUAUUUGAAAAGAAGACAUGUGCAUAAACUACGAUGGAAACACAUUUACUGAAUAUAUACAUAUAGAAUUUAUAUGGGGAUAUACUGUAGAUGUGCAUCAAAAAAGUCAUGUGAAUAUACAUAAUUCGCUCAGAGAAUAUCAUCAGUAUCAUCACAACGAUUGUGUACUCCUAAGCAUCUGCCACUGAACGCUAGCAAACAUGACGUUCAUAUUCCAUAACUCGGAUGGAAAUGUAACUGUUGAGUGUACUCGUGAAAAUGUAAGAAAUAUUGCUGCAUUUGCAUUAUGGGGUCUGUUGCUUUUGUCUUUAAAUGGACCGUAAUCAGGAAAGACGCCAGAUGUAAACAACAUUUUAGUUGUGUUUCCAUGCAAAUGUUUCCCUUUUUUUAAGUGCAUUUCUUAAAAAUUAGAUUAAAGAAAAUGCGAGUCAUUGUGCGUCAUGCGCAUUAUCUUGAGAGAGCCGCCGUGUCAUGAAUGACCUCUUUGAUUUUAUUUGCGUUACUGGAGCAACUGUGUAGUCUGAUGACUUGUUGUAUCCUAAUUUGAUAUUUUAUCACAAGAUAUGCAUUUGGAUAUAUAUUUAGACAUGAUCAAACUAUUAUUUGUCAAAGUUUAGCAUUUUAAAAUUGAUUUGAAGUGUCAGUUUGUGCAGUUAAUGUCAUUAUGCUGCAAUCAAACCUGACCAUGGUGUUACAAAGAGAAGACACAGAAUAAACAUUUUUCUACCAAUAAUUUAUUUCAAACAUAAACAUUUAAUAACUCAAAGUAAAUGCAUAAUAAUGUCAAGAAAAUGAACAUCAAGAAACAGAAAUGAACUGUGAAAUUCUGAAAAUUCAAUUAGAGUAUAAAACAGAAGAAUCAAAGUAAACAUUUUGCAAUUUUAAAAUUUUCUAUAGAAAACAUUUAUUUUACAGACAUGCAAAAUGUGUGUGUGUGUGUGUGUGUGUGUGUUCUGCAUUGUGAGUGUGUUAUUGUCUCACCACUUCAUUACUGAGUGUGUGUAUUUAAUAUCGUGGCUGAUUUGUUUUUUUAAUAAAUGUAAAAAAGCUCUGUGUUAUAGUCUCACCAGUUCAUUUUCUGUGUGUGUGUGUGUGUGUGUGUGUGUGUGCGCGCAUGCAAGUGUGUGUUUGUGUUUGUGUGUGUGUGUGUGUAUGUUUUGCACCGAGGAUGUUUUAGAAAAAAACCCUGUAAUUUCUGUCUGUUUUUUUCUGCAUUGUGGCUGAUUUCUUGUUUUUAGUUAAAGACUUUACUGAAUAUCUAGAGUUCACAUCAACUCAGUCUUUUCUAAAAUAGUUUGUAAAUGUCAACCAAUUAUUUCAAUGCAGUAAACCACAAAAAGAGUCACUGUUUAAAUCCUCAUGAACUGCACAGUAAUAUACACAUAAAAUAUGUGAUUGACACAACAAUGAUCUGAACUCAAGGUUUAUUUAAUAGAUCACAGGGGCGUUCAUGCCAAAAUCACUGCUGUGAAGAUGCACUUUCAUAAAAACAACAUUUGAAAAUGUUUCACAAUCAUUUAUCCAGCAGAUUUCAGGAAACUGUCAAAGCAGACUCAAACACUCAGACCUUAAAAAUCCUCUAAUACAGGAAAGAAACUGCACCCACCUUGGGAUAAAAUGUGUUUGUUCAGAGAUUGAAAUGAUUCUGUUCAGUUCACUGUGAUUUUCAGUCAGUGUCUGAUGAGUAAAAACCUCAUCCAGUCCUGUUGUUCAGAUAUUAGAUAUGAUUUAUUAAACUAUGAGAGCAUUUACUAGAAGCCAUGUGUAUGCAACGCCACACCAAAGAUUCUUCAUCCCUCAUGAACUAUCACUAUAAGAGUAUUUUUCUAUUGACAGUAAAUAUGCUGAAAAUGAUUGUGCACAAAACACUUUGUUGCGAUUUUCAUCAGGUCUGUUCGAUAAAUAUGAAUUAUAAAGAAACUAUAAAUCUGAUUAUAUAAAUGUUGUUGUAACAGCAGUGUAUCGUUUGAUUGAGUGAUGAUGUCAUGAAUGUAAAUCCCCCCCCCCCCC